AUGUGGCGGCGGUGCGGGCGGCGCUGGCGCAGAGCCGGUCGGAGGAGAGGCAAGGCCGGACCUGGCAAUACCCCACCUGGAGUACCUGGUGCAGGAGAAGCGCCGGAGGAUCACAACCUGCUUGAGGCCCUAGCGCAGCAGAAUCUCUACUUGCAGAACUGGGACCUGGCAGUGCGGCAUUACAAGGAGGCCUUCCGCCGCGCGUCGAGGCCCGAGAAGCCCCGGCUGGCGCUGGCGCUGGCCGUGGCGGAGGGCGCCGCAGGGCGCUGGGCCGCCGGGGCCAAGGUGCUGGAGAAGCUGCUGAGCCGCCAGAGGGAUGGAGCCCGCUGGGCGCUGGGCUAUCAGCUGAAGGAGUACCUGGCAAAGGCCAACCUGCCGGUGCCGGAGGCGCUCUGGGCCAUGGCUACUUCUGCCCCCACGCCGCAAGUGGAGUACCGGGGCUUCAAACCGCCGGAGGCGUGGCAAGUGCCGCGGCAGCGGUGCCCCAAUUCCAAGGAGUUCGCGGAACUGGCGAAAGCGCGGAAGCCCGCGGUGUUCACUCGCUGCGAAGAGCGGUGGGGAUCCGCACUGAAGGUGCAGAGCUGGCAGGACGCUUCCUUUGCGUCGCGCCUCAAAGGUGCCUGGGUGCAGGCCCUGUGCGUGCGCCCAGGUGAUCCACCCAACUUCGACCGAUUGGUGGCGCUGCCCUUCGCCGCUUUGGUGCGCCGGGCCUUCGGCGAGUUCUCCGGCGAGUUCUCCGCCGAGUUCUCCGUGUGCAAUCGCAGCGGGGAGCGGCUGUACGUGAACCCUUCGGGCCAUGCGGACUGCCCCUACUGCAGCGUCCCGUCUUGGCAGCUGCGGCAUGACAUCCCCCAACCAGCCUUCCUAUCGAAAAGGCUGGAGGCGGUGAACGUGUGGAUCGGCGAGGCGGCCCCGGGCGGAAGCCCCCAGAAGUCCCAGCUGCACGUGGACGAGUUCUUCGACAAUCUGUACCUGAUGGUCCGUGGGCGGAAGCGCUUUCACCUCUUCAGCCCGGACAACUCGGCGCGAAGCAUGUAUCCCGUGGUGCCUGUUCUCUACGUGGCACCGGACGGUCAGCACAAGUUCAUGGAUGACUCCUCAGGUACGGGGCGUCACCACUUCAGCCAGGUCAACACCAGCUCGCCGGACUUGGAUCACUUCCCGGACUGGGGCCCAGUUCCCACGGAGCUCGAGCUGGAGCCGGGGGAGCUGCUCUACCCCGCGGGGUGGUGGCACGAAGGGGCUGAACCGCGAGAAAGCCGCCGUUGCCUCGUCGAGGUGACUUCUCUGGCAAAAGGCGACGGCCACGUGGCGGUGAACUGGUGGUGGCGAGCGGAGGAUGCCCGCGUGGAGCUGUGA